GACAUGGAAAAUUAUUAAGUUUGUUGAAUCGAACAUGACAAAAUGUUGUUUUAAAACAACCAUAAUAUAUGUUAUUAUAGAGAUGGGUAGAUUCAUCAUUUAAUUGUUGAAAUGAGUUAAAUAAGGAUUAAUAAAGAUAAUUAAUUUAAGUACCAAUAAUACAAAAGCAACAAAUAAAAGAGAAAGCCAAAGACAAUUAAUUAAAAGGGAGACCUAAAACAACAAGAGAGCCACAAAAGAGCACAUUCAACUUACUAACCGCAUGCCAUUUUCAAUGUUUUUUUCUCUAUUUGUAGCCUGUAGGUCCAAUUUAACCCUCAAAUCUCCUAAAUAUAACACUUUGACAUUUUAGUACUCAAUUGAAUUUUUUUGCACUUUCGCAUUUUGGCACGCCAUUAGAGGUGGUCUUACUCUCUCUAAUACUUGAUGGGUUCAUCUCGAGCAUUCUCAAACAUUGUAUCAAACAUCUUUGAUAUUCAAAUCUUAAUAUGAUUGACAAGCUAAAUAUGUUAGGAGGAUUAUUUGAUGAUGACCCACAUGCAAUUUUUCGCAUAUGCCCAUUCUCAUUCACCUUGUAUUUCAAGAAUCUUAUAUGUGUAUCCUGUUCUUUUAAGAGCUCUAUAGGCGACAAACCUUACUCUAUUAAUUGUGCCGUAUUACCCCACUAAAUUCGAGAAAAAUUUAAGACUUUUUCUGAAAUUUGUCCAAUCUAGAAAAAACAAGAUAACUGAUCGAGUGUUCAUGUUCUAUUGUGCAAAUUCCUGUUUGGAUAAUCUGAAAUUGUGAAUCCAACAUCUAGAGGUUUCCCAAUCCGUAAUGCAAAUCCAAACCCAACAAAGAAAAAUGAAACCUUUUUUGGAGUAAUCGUCAAAACGGUCAAGGACAUGUCAUUCAUGAAUCUCCUUGUUAUUUUUUGUUUCCCCUUUUUCCAUCUUUUCUCUUUCUUCUCCAUAUUUUACCCUGUCAAAUUUUUUCAUUCUCAGGGUCUGAUCUUCAAUGGCCUUCUACUAAAAUCGUCAUCUUUGAUUCACAUUGUCAGCCAGGUACUGUAAUUAUUACCCAAAUUUGUUCUUUUUUCGUCCCCACAAUUUGCAAUGUGCUUGAUGGUCUCAAGGCGUACCCUUUUGCAUGUUCUUCCUUUCCUUUCUUUUUGGUUCUAACAUGCUAUUUAGUUUCUCGGCAUUGUUUUCGAGUUUUGCAGAUCCUGAGGAUUUGUUAGGGUCUAUUUGCUGAAUUAUAUUUCAAUCCAUUGUAGGACAUGAAAUAAUUUAAUGAUUGAUUUUCUAGAUUUAAUUUAGAAAAUGGUUUUGAGUUUGUUUUCUUAUCCACAUCAACAAUAGUCUCAUGCGUGGGUUCGAUAGGGUAUACCAAUUCUUUUCUUCAUAAUUUGAUCGAGAAUGUGACAACGGUGGAACUUGUUGCUAGUGAAUUCUAAGAGUUGUGAGGGGUUAGUGUUGCUUUAGCAUUCAAUUUGGAAUAAAAAGUGUUCAAUAAUUAAAAUCAUUUAGAUUUGUGAUGGUUCUGUGUCACAGAUAAUAGAGAAAAUGGAUAGUCCAGAUUACAAUUAGUAAGAGUUGGUUUGCAGUAUAUUCUAUGUUGCGUUUUUUCUUGUAAUAUGUAUGUUUCACUAAGUUGAUCGUGUACUCCUCUAACUAUUUUGGUUAUAUCUUUUCUGUCAGCCAUUUGCUUGAUUGAGACCCCCAAAUGGUGAUCUUACAUUAGUAUAAUUUUACCGGUGGGAAUGGCUUCAAAAACCUCCUCAUUUGCUCCAGCAAGGAGGACAUUGACGGGAUUCACAUAUGCUCUGAGAUCAGCAGCUUUUGAAUGGCUUCUAAUUUUCUUGCUACUUCUGGAUGCAGUGUUUGCCUAUCUCCUGACCCGAUUUUCACGUUAUUGUAGGCUACAAGUACCAUGCCUCUUUUGUUCACGGCUAGAUCACAUAUUAGGCAAUGAAAAACCUGGGUUUUAUAGGGAUCUCAUUUGCACAUCCCACAAGGCUGAAAUGUCAUGCUUGAUUUUCUGCCAUAACCAUGGUAAGCUUGUUGAUGGUCGUGCUAUGUGCGACGAUUGUCUGUUGUCAUACUCAUCAAUGCUUAAAGAAAAAUCUGAGAUGCAAAGGGUUGUGGUGGGUAACCUUGGGUUUGAUUUAGGCUCUAAUGGUCCCCCUAACUUGUUCACAAACAAGGAUCUCCUUCCUGGUUCAGUUGCCACCAAGUUAUGUUCAUGUUGCCGUAAGCCUUGGAGGUCAAGGCAGAGAACAGACAGAAUCCGGAGACUAAAAUCACCUAGAAGUGCUGCCAUCUGCAAGCCAAACAUUCCUUUACCACACCGUUUGACACAACAAGAGAGCUUGAGGAAGAUAAGAGAGAAGUUCUCUGGGUCUUUAACUCCUUGCCGACUCGGGAAUAUGGGAUUUGAUUCUUUAUCCCAUGUGGGCUACACAGAGCUCAAGUUCAAUUCUGACACCGAGUCUGAAUUCCAGUAUUCUGAUGAUGAUGAGUACCAUAACUAUGGUCAAGAAGUGGAUGAGCCUCCUACGGAAGAAGAAGAAGAAGAAGAAAAACCUACAACUCGUAGUGAUUCUGAUAAACAUGUUGACAAUGAGAUGGAUCAACAAUCACGGGUACAAGGUAUACAACCUUAUGUUAAAAAUCAAGGCGAGAGACAAGUAUUGAAAGUUGAGAAGGGAAAAGGUCCUUCUGCAAGUCUAGAGUUUGUUUUACUUGAGGAUCUUCAUCCAUCAAACAUGACAGAGGUUCCUCCUAUGACGAAACAAGCAAAAAAUGAGCAAAACAAUCCUUCUGUUCUUACUACUGAUUCUUCUGUAUUAACAGAACUCAUGGCUCUUGUUGACUCUCCUUCGGGUUUAGCUGUUCUAAAAGAUCAUUUUGAGGCAUCAAAAGUGAAAGGUUUGAAUGAGAUUGGAACAAAAGAUGAAUUCAAAAAUAAGGAAAACGUUGUUGUGAAGCCAAUAGUUGAUGAUGAAACAAUAGGCACUCAAGUUGGUCAAGUUGCUUAUGAUGUGCCUUCUACAGAGGUAACUUCUUUGGAACAUAGUGAAACACCAAAGGCUAGUAGGAUCACUAUCCAAGAAAAGGAAGCACCAAAGUUUAUGGUAGAAAACCUUGGAAAGAGAGAAGUUGACGAGGAUUUGAAGCCAUCCUCCUCCAGAGAAAGUUUUGCAUCGUCAAACAACGUUAAUGUUUCUGACAUUCAUGAUAGUACCAAGACACCUGAACUAGUUUUCAAAGAGAAAGUUAAUGAUUCCACUCUAGAGCCCCUUGACGCAGUGAUUGAGGGUGAAAACAUAGAUGACAGGUUAAAAAGACAAAUAGAGCAUGAUAAGAUCCUUAUAAGUACAUUGACAAAGGAAUUAGAUGAAGAGAGAAGUGCAUCUGCAAUUGCUGCAAACCAGGCAAUGGCGAUGAUCACAAGGUUGCAAGAGGAGAAAGCAGCACUGCACAUGGAAGCCUUGCAGUACCUACGAAUGAUGGAAGAGCAAGCUGAAUACGAUGGCGAGGAGCUGGAGAAAACAAAUGAUCUCCUGGCUGAAAGGGAGAAGGAACUGCAAGAUUUAGAGGCAGAGUUAGAGUAUUUCAGGAUAAAAUAUGGAGACGAAGAUAUAGGGGAGAAUCAGAACAUGCCGAAUAUUGUAAUGUCUAGUAUGAGUAGGGAUGAUAACAUGAACAUGGUAGGAGAGAAUGCUGCUACUAGCUCUAGCUAUGCAGAGCAUGAGGUUAGUGAGCACCACUCUGGAGAGCUCCCAAAUGGAAGUGAGAAAGGAGACAUAUUCACAAAAUCUUCAUGGCCAGACAUUGAAGAUGAGAAGUCAUUCAUUUUCCAGCGGUUGAAGGGCUUAGAGAGGAAGCUGCAGAAAUUGUCUCAUGGUGCUGCUGCAUCACCUUACAUGUCUGACAAUGAGUAUUCUGAAGAAACAACAGAUAGAGGAGGAGUAGGUACAGGGGAAUUUCUUGUACAUGAAGAGCCUGAUAGGAAAUCAGUUAGCAAAGGUAAAACUGUUGUUGGCAGCCUGGUCAUGAAUGGACAAAGAACUUCUUCCAAUCCACUCCAUGAAACUGAUUUGACCACACUCAAGAAUGAGAUUAGUGACCUAAACGAAAGGUUGGAAUCACUUGAAACGGAUUGGAGUUUCCUUGAGCAUACAUUCAACUCCCUUGAGAGUGGAAAGGAAGGGGUGCAGUUUGUUCAAGAAAUAGCGCAUCGACUUCAGGAUUUGCGCAAGAUUGGGAUGCAGAGUAGAAAACAAUCCGUUCCUUGUUAAUGAGCAUUGAUCGAUCAUUAUUUCAUUGCAAGGUAUGGAAAUAUUUCCAUAGAAUAUUUCAUACUAAAAAUUGUCAUGAGAAACUACGAUAACAUGAUAUUCUUAACAAAUGACAAACUAAUAACUUGAUAUUCUCUUUGUUGUCCUACUAAUCGCCAACCACUAAGAAAAUUGGUGUUUUAUGUUCAUGUAACCACUUACCUUUUUUCUUCUUUGUUUUGAGACAACAUAUGGUGUAAUGGAGACAUCGAUACGAUCAUACAUACACUGAAGAGACAAAAACAUAUUUGGAUUUUUUUUUCAGUCCUAUGUUUCUCUUUGCUCUAUAGGGUUUGCUUUAUAAAUUUAUCAAUUGAAUGACUAUUAUAUUUUUUGGUUGGCUUCCUAGUUGAAAAAAUUCAAUUCUUUUGUAAAUAAAUUCAGUUUCUUGGCCAGAGAUGCAUGGUAUCUAUUAAGCAUACAUAAAGUUGAAAAGGUAAAAUUCUCGUGUUAGGUGCAAUGAAGUUUAUUAAGCUUACCCGAAUGAACAAAUUUAUGAUACAUGUAGACCUAUUUUGAUUUUUUACGUGUUAUUGAUGGAGGUCUUUAGAGGGAAGUGUCUAACCUAAGAUUCAAACAUGGAAUCUCUAAGUUGAAAACCAAUGGUUGAAUCACUAUACCAUGGGUCUCCCCGCAAUUUUUUUUUUCAAUUUAAGAUAUGCGUCAAUAAUGCUUUAUAUUUUUUCAUUUUCGGGUGAAUGUGCGCCAGUGAUUGGAAUAGUUCCAGCUCAAAGAAAAAUGCGAAACAACUUCCAGAAUUAAAAGAAGAUGAUAUAUUGCGGGUAAUGUGAGCCUAAAUAACUUCUUCAUUGACACAAAACAUACAUAAUUCCUCUUCUUAUGCACCAUAUUUCUUUUUUCUAGGGUUUGUUCAAAUGGUUACCAUUGUAAUUACCAAAUCAAACAAGCUUGUAUUCUAUUAAUCAUGAAAUACAAUAUCAUAAUCAAACCGUCCAAACUAAUACAACAACCAAAUUAACCAAACUAAAAUUUAAUAAAUUUGAUUAAUUGGU